GCAGACUGCUAUUUGCGAUUCAUUUCACUGCAGCCUGCAGAAAUUUGUUAGAACAAAUUAAAAACGCAAUAGAACUGCUAUUGCAAAUGCUGCACAGCUAGUAGAAAGCAGCUUUGCCUCGAAAUCUAAAGCAAUUAACUGUGUUCAACGUGUAGAAUAAGCUAUAAAAGUGGGUGUAAACGUUGUGCAAAAACGUCGUACCCUCCCUCUUCUUUGUGUUUGUUUUUGAUAUUUUUUGUUUGUUACGAUAGUCGAAUGGGCGAAGGGGUGGUGGCAAGGGAGCACCAGCACAAGUGAUUUUCCACAUUAAGCAUCUGCGGGUCGGGGGACAAUACGACAUUGCGAAAAUGACUCGCACAGUCCACACUCUGACGGCGACGUUGAUUUUCUACGCUUUUGUGCAAACAGUUACAUGUUUCAUGGUUCUAAUAAAUGCACCCGACCAGGCGCUCAUUGGAUCCACGGUGAACGUGACUGCCACGCUGUUCGACGGCAACAAACCCGCCCCCGACGGCACCUACAAGUUCGUUUGGAAGGACAAUGCGGGCCAUCGAAAGGAGAUUGAGACAACCCAAGCCGUUAGCAACUGGACAUUUGAGUACACCAAGGAUCACAUGCAGCCGGGUGAGCGGGUCGUGGAAGUGAGAGUUGAUAAGUCCUAUCUGUUUUGGAUAACGGUGGCCGAGAACAAGUCCAGCAUUAUGUUGGAUGACACGCUGGGCGGCAGGCUGGAGCUCAUUCAGGGCAAUGCGUCGCGGCCGCAUGACUUUGUUUCCACCCAAGGAGCAGUGAAUCAUAGUAUAUCGCUGUGGCCGGCCGACCUAGAGUUUCUGCGGGAGAACGGCUAUCACAUUCAGACGUACUGGUUUCAAAAUUGCACAUAUCUAGGCAUGUCGAGUGCCUUGGACUAUCUGGCCACAUAUCAGAAGGCAGAGCAAUAUUAUGAUAUCGAGGUUCUGGUCGUUGCGUCGCUGGACUGGCCGCCCGAGCCCACGCCCUCCACGACCACGACGACUACCACGACCACGACAACGACCACGACCAGUACGACGACGACAACUAGCACAACACCUGCAACUACCACAUCCACCUCGAGCACCACAACCCCAGCCACAACGACUACAACCAGUACCACUCCCAAGCCGCCCACGCGCUCCAAACGCGACUUAAUUCAGGCUAUGCACGCCAAUGCCGCCAUUCUUGGCCUGAACUUAACCAGUGCCCUGAAGGAGCAACAGCAGAACGCAGAUUCCUCUUCGAACGUAUCGGUUGCUCUGGUCAAUCCUCUGGGCGUGCGGAGGGUUUCCCAUCUCACUGUUGUGCCUGGCGUGGAGCCGCCAUACAAUUGCGUCGAUAGAAAGAUCAUAGCGCAGGAUUCGCGUAAGAUCUAUGGGUACUUCCAGCAUCGCAUUGUGUCCAAGGAUCCGGUUGUCAGCUUCGGUACCACCGGCAAGAACUGGCUGCAGCACUGGGAGAUGCUUAGCCUAGACGUCAGCUGCAAGGGGUCGCCGCCAUUCGAUGUCUGCGUGAAGGUCUACAAUGCACCCUAUAAUGCCACAGGCAAUGAGACGUGCACCAUCUAUGAUGUGUACAACAAGUGUGCGUUUAGCUACAAGCGUUACUUCUCCGAAAGUAAAACCAUAUUGUUUGUCAUACGCAACGAGGUCUCGCAGACGGUCAACCAGGUCACCAUCAACAUGUACGAAGCCCAGAAGCAGUCGCAGCUUUCCGUAGUGGUUGUGCCUGUUACCUGUACUCUGAUGGCCGUCAUACUCGUGGUCUUUGGCGUGGCCUACUACAUACAGAGCCGGAAUCGUUUCACCGUGGAAGUGGCUGACUUCAAUUUCGGGGACACGCAGUCGGUGGACAUGGAGUACAAGACGUUCUCGCAGCGUCUCAUCGACAGCAUACGUGAUGUUUGGGCAUGGCCGGGCCCACGGCGCCACUCGCAGUCCAGUACAGAUCUCAUGGCCGACGAGCCAACCAAUUCGCAGGCGGGCGGCUUUGGCGGCAAUGUCGGCGAUGUGGACAGCAAUCUGCGCUACAACACUUUCAACUGAACCCCGUCGGAAGAGUUAGGUUGGAAUAUAUUGUUACCUAUACAGAUUAAUCAAUUAAUUUAAUUUCUGCUCUUAAGUUAUAUAUUUUUUGUUAUGUAUAUCUAUGAUGUGCACGUUCUUGUGCGUUUAGUCAUUUUCUUAUUGUACCAGCACGCCGCGCUCUCGGGUGUUUUCUGGUGGUAUCUAUAUGUACAUUUAUUCUGAUGAUUGAAGGAGUCUUUCUUUAUGUUUUCAUUCCUUUCCUAUAUAAGUAUCCCUUCCCUCCCUCAUCUUUGUCCACAUUUACGCACACACACACACUUGCUCAUUAAUGGCCAAAUGUCGAGUAAUAAUUACAAACGCAAUAUCGGAUGUGUAGUCGGUUCGAGAACAAUCCUUUCGGAUAUUGUACAAGACUGUCUUUGUUCCAACCGCAAAAUGGAAAAAUGUAUACAUUACAUAUGCGUAUAAAGUUGUUCGUAAACGAGUUUAUUGCUAGCAUAAGUCAAUUUGAUUGUUCCCAAUAUGUAACGUGAUCCAAAUUCUAUGACAGACACACACAAGACACACAUUUAAACACGCGUACACAAAUAUUCAUUGUGAUAGAUAAUAGAGAAAAACAGUAUAUGUAUGUAUGUUUAACGGAGAAGAACAGUUUAAAGAAACCCGUAUACUUAUAAAGAUAAAUGCUACUAAACACAAUCAAAA